AUGGCUGACCAGGAAACUGGCCCCACUGGGCUGGGUAAGAGGGCUGCAGCAGGUGCUGCGGUUUUCAAAGUGCGUGAGGCUGCAAUGGCUAUUCUUCAAACAGAAUCUACUGGUAACCUGAAAGUACAAAAACGGAUUGUCCCAUCGACUCCUUUCAUUGUACCAGAACCUUCCCUGAAGCCAUACAAGCGGCCCCCCACUCUGCUAUUGCCACCUUCGUACAGCGCCAACCCAGUUGGAGGGUUUGUCUGUGAGGUGUGCGGCCAGAACUUCUUCUCUUUUCCUCAGAUGGUGAGACACAAACAGUUCCACGACGAAGAAAGGCCCUUUCCCUGUGGUGUGUGUGGGAAACGUUUCCUGAGCCGCAGCCACUACACUGAGCACCAGCGUGUUCACACUGGGGAGCGCCCCUUUCCCUGCGACCAGUGUGAGCGCUCGUUCACCACACACCACAACCUGAAGCGUCACCAAACCAUUCAUGCCAAAGAAGAGGCGUACCGCUGCCGGAAAUGUGGCGUGCUCUUCUGCCAGCGUCACGAGUACCCCAGGGGCAUACCCAGACCCGACCUUGAGCCUCGACCUGGGUUUGAGUCCACGUCCACGAUGCAACCCACGCCUCCCAUUCAGGUCACACUCACACCCAAGCAGCUUAAGAAGCUUAACAAGAAGCUUAACAAGAGCCAUGAUCUCUCAACCAAACAUGAUCAUUCUAAAAAGAAGAAAAAGAGGAGUAGAGUCAAACAUCCAGGCCCAGCAGAGAAAGUACAUUCUGUGCCUCAAGAGGAACUUUGGCCUGUGUUGUUAACUAGAGACAAAUUGCAAAAAGUUGCUUAUGACAUUGAGGUUAUUCUUUGAUUCCACAUGAUGAUAAAACAAAUGGGAUAAUCAGUCAGAUCAAGAUUUUAAAAAUAUGAUGUUUGUUUUGUUUAAUCUCCACCGAUGUGGACACACUGUUUCAGAAAGGAGUUAUACAGUGGGGAAAGAAAGUAUUUAGUCAGCCACCAAUUGUGCAAGUUCUCCCACUUAAAAAGAUGAGAGAGGCCUGUAAUUUUCAUCAUAGGUACACGUCAACUAUGUCAGACAAAAUGAGGAAAAAAAAUCCAGAAAAUCACAUUGUAGGAUUUUUUAUGAAUUUAUUUGCAAAUUAUGGUGGAAAAUAAGUAUUUGGUCAAUAACAAAAGUUUCUCAAUACUUUGUUAUAUACCCUUUGUUGGCAAUGACACAGGUCAAACGUUUUCUGUAAGUCUUCACAAGGUUUUCACACACUGUUGCUGGUAUUUUGGCCCAUUCCUCGAUGCAGAUCUCCUCUAGAGCAGUGAUGUUUUGGGGCUGUCACUGGGCAACACAGACUUUCAACUCCCUCCAAAAAUGUUCUAUGGGGUUGAGAUCUGGAGACUGGCUAGGCCACUCCAGGACCUUGAAAUGCUUCUUACGAAGCCACUCCUUUGUUGCCCGGGCGGUGUGUUUGGGAUCAUUGUCAUGCUGAAAGACCCAGCCACGUUUCAUCUUCAAUGCCCUUGCUGAUGGAAGGAGGUUUUCACUCAAAAUCUCACGAUACAUGGCCCCAUUCAUUCUUUCCUUUACACGGAUCAGUCGUCCUGGUCCCUUUGCAGAAAAACAGCCCCAAAGCAUGAUGUUUCCACCCCCAUGCUUCACAGUAGGUAUGGUGUUCUUUGGAUGCAACUCAGCAUUCUUUGUCCUCCAAACACGACGAGUUGAGUUUUUACCAAAAAGUUCUGUUUUGGUUUCAUCUGACCAUAUGACAUUCUCCCAAUCCUCUUCUGGAUCAUCCAAAUGCACUCUAGCAAACUUCAGACGGGCCUGGACAUGUGUCCCCCUGCUUAAGCCAGUACGUCUGGCACUGCAGGAUUUGAGUCCCUGCCGGCGUAGUGUGUUACUGAUGGUAGGCUUUGUUACUUUGGUCCCAGCUCUCUGCAGGUCAUUCACCAGGUCCCCCCGUGUGGUUCUGGGAUUUUUGCUCACCGUUCUUGUGAUCAUUUUGACCCCACGGGGUGAGAUCUUGCGUGGAGCCCCAGAUCGAGGGAGAUUAUCAGUGGUCUUGUAUGUCUUCCAUUUCCUAUUAAUUGCUCCCACAUUUGAUUUCUUCAAACCAAGCUGCUUACCUAUUGCAGAUUCAGUCUUCCCAGCCUGGUGCAGGUCUACAAUUUUGUUUCUGGUGUCCUUUGACAGCUCUUUGGUCUUGGCCAUAGUGGAGUUUGGAGUGUGACUGUUUGAGGUUGUGGACAGGUGUCUUUUAUACUGAUAAUAAGUUCAAACAGGUGCCAUUAAUACAGGUAACGAGUGGAGGACAGAGGAGCCUCUUAAAGAAGAAGAUACAGGUCUGUGAGAGCCUGAAAUCUUGCUUGUUUGUAGGUGACCAAAUACUUAUUUUCCACCAUAAUUUGCAAAUAAAUUCAUUAAAAAUCCUACAAUGUGAUUUUCUGGAUUUCUUUUUCCCAAUUUGUCUGUCAUAGUUGACGUGUACCUAUGAUGAAAAUUACAGGCCUCUCUCAUCUUUUUAAGUGGGAGAACUUGCACAAUUGGUGGCUGACUAAAUACUUUCUUUCCCCACUGUACCUUAACACUUGUCUUGCAUCACAUUAUGAUUUUGGUAUUUAUUCCUUCAUUAUGAGUUUGAGAAAAUACUUUUCUCUCCACAAUUGAUCAUGAUUUUGAAACAUUCUGUCAAGCAUUUAAAAUUAUUAACUGUCCUCUGAAAUGUUAUAUUGUUUUGCAUUUGAGAUCGUGACAACUUUUUGUAUUUCAUUAGAAUAUACAUUUUUCAGUUGUAUUAUGAUUAAUUAAAUUGUUUUGAUCCAUUGCCAUGUAAGGGCUAGUGUCCAUGCAUUAUUAAACUAGAUAACUCCUCUGAUGUUGCACAUCAAUUAUUUGAUAUGGAAAUACAUUUUGAUCUGCUUUUUAGAUUAUGUUCAUAGAGGCCUGUAGGGUUUCUUUCUGGGCCUUAACCAUUUAGUUGUCCAGAAAUUGCCUUCACCAAUUUAUGUACGUGUAAAUAAUCAUGAUGCAUUGUUGUUGAUUAAUUACUAAAUGUACCUGUCAUAGGAACAAGUGAAUCCCUAUAUCUGUAGUCUGUGUAAUGUGGACAAUGUUGUUAAAUUUGGGUAAAAAAGUCUAUGUAUGUCGAAAUUAUGUCUCCAUUUGAAUUCUGCAUAACUACCACAGGCUGUCGAUUGUAAAUGUAUUUUUUUAUUGAUAAUGGGCUUACUUAUACAUUUCUUGUCUUUGUCUUUAUUAUUGACACUUUCCAGGUAUUUAUUUUUCAUGUCACAAGAGACUCAUUUUAAAGUGAAUGUAAGCAUGCAUAGAAAUAUAUUGACUCACUUUUUGGCUUUAAGUACUCAAAUUGUAUUUGUCACAUGCACCUAAUACAACAUGUGUAGACCUUACUGUGAAAUGCUUACUUACAAGCCCUUAACCAACAAUGCAGUUCAAUAAAUAGAGUUCAGAAAAUAUUGACUAAAUCAACUAAAGUAAAAUAAAAAGUAACACAAAAUUACAUAACGAGGCUGUAUACAGGGGGUACCGGUACCGAAUCAAUGUGCGGGGGUACAGAUUAGUCGGGGUAAUUUGUACAUGUAGGUAGGGGUAAAGUGACUGCAUAGAUAAUAAACAGCGAGUAGCAGCAGUGUAAAAACAAAGAGCGGGGUAAAUAGUCCGGGUGACCAUUUGAUUGCAGCUAACAUCAAAUACCUGACCUAACUUGUGUGAUGAAUACUGGAAAGUCCUUUGUAACAGGCUCUGUAUUACAGCAGACUUGUAUCACUUAUCUUCACUAUUACAAUAGGUUAAAGGUAGACUGAUAUGAAGUAGGUGCAGAACGUAAACAGCAAAGUGGGUCAAUUUCCGCAACAAACUUUGAAGCGCACGGAUCAACUUCUCCCAUGUUUUGGUGCCGUGGCUACCACACAGUAACAGCGAGAAGCGAACCCAUGCACAUGCUGUGUGUGACUGUGAGAGCGAAGUCUUGCAUCUCGCACAAUAUCUGCGUGGCAAUGUCAUUUUUAAAGAGGCAUGCGUCUGCUCCAUAUAUCAUCCUUGUUUUACAACAAGAGGUGAACACUAAAAUCUGCUUGUGUAAAACAUGACAAUCUAGGGCCCCGUGUUGACUCCUAUCUCUGAUAUAAAAUAUUGGUUAAGACUGAAUUUAGAUUGUUAUAGUUACUUACAUAGACCGUAGAUAUUGUCAUUCUAAUAUGAUAUUCCCUGGUCUACCACCGCCACAGUCGAGUUAUUACUUUACUCACAGUUUGAGCUACUUUGAUUUUUUGCAAAUCAAUUUUUAUCUGUCUAUAAACUAUGGUCUGUAAGGAUUGUCUCUGACAAAGCCCUUCCACUGGAAAGCGUUCGCAAACUCGAGGAUAUUGAGGGAGUUCUGUUAAUGAGUCGCAGUGCACCGGUCUAUGGCCCUUGACGUGAACGGGCAAAAGCGGUGAGGGAGGAGCAACUGUUUCAAAUCUAACAGUAAUCUGCGCCUUUUGGUCAUGUUGUCAACUAGGCAGCAUGGUACAUCGGUCAGAAACAUCUGUUUUUCCAUCAAAUAUGUUAGAAUUUUCAAUAAAGCGUUUUUUUUUCAAAAGUAAUCACUUUUGCAUGUGAACACAGAACUACUCAUUACUCCACGUAAUCUAGCCUAGGUUUCGCCGUGUGUUUUGAACAGGGCACCUCACCUGGCUCACGCUGGUUGGUAGCCCGGUUCCAAAACGAAUGCAAUCACUUUUCACCCGUGCAAACUAUUCUCACCGGGGUAACCCGGGCCAGAUGAUCGAAUUGGCAGGCAGCGCAAAUCUUUCGCAAUAUACAUCCCAUUGGUUGCGUAAUACCGGUACCAUUAUGUUCCCUUUGUGAUUGGGUAUAGACCAGUCAAAACCACCUCUGGUAACAGUUGCAGUUGAUUUGCUAGCUAUCUGUAUCGGGGCAACCGACUACAAUCAUUGACUGAUUCCUCCAAAUCGACGCAGUUGAUUGGUUAAUCCGUUCGUAGAUUAGCACUGGCUGCAUGAAUGGUUGAAGCAAUUGCUGCUGAUGCUGUGACCUGGAGUUUGGUGUCCGCAUCAGGACUGACAGUGCAUGAAGGAUAUUAUAGUGUCAAGUGGCUACAGAGAGAAUUAACUGACACGUAGACCCAUUUUACGGAACAGUUAGUUGAAGGGUUGGUUUGGAAGUAAAACCCAUUAUUUCCCUCAAAAAAAUGAAAACAAGUGAAGUCUGGAAUAUUGAGUCUCGUGAAACCAGUGGCUGUCGCCCGCUGGCGAUGUAGAGCGUGGGGUCGGGUGGCUAUCCAGCCACUAGCUAUUUUCUUAUAUGAUCAUGUCUGAUGAUUGAUGGGGAAAGCAUGGUCAGCCAAUUUCUUAAAUAACAAAUAGAUAAUGUUAUCAACUAAGCACAAUAAUGGAAGACUAUAGUUACGACCUUUGCAAGUACUGUGGGGAUCUAGAUGUGAUGACUAGCUUAGAAGGAAUGCAUUAAUGAUUAAACAUAAAAGGUUUGUACUGUACUGAUAUAAAUUGUUUCACAUAACAAGCUGUGAUUCAUGUGAGGAACGUUAGGGGGUAGAAUAAGAUAAGACUUGUAUUUCUCACAGACACAUACACACUGCCUCUUUGUUAAACCAUCAUACUCAAGGACAUGUGUACUGCAAAAAGGUGCUGACUCUACAGGGUGUGAUGAUAACAACUUAUGCCUGGCAACAGUGGAGCGCCAAUGGGCUGUGACCAGCCUGUGCGCCAACGGAUAGGCUGAGUAAGUCUAAACCACGCUCAGUCUCUACUCUGAUUGGCCAGCAGGGAGCGGGAACUAUCUCUGUCAGAGUAUUUUAAGAAGAACUCAUAAGUGGCUUAGUUCUCUGAGUGCCCUGUGUGGUAUUUCAGUGGACCCGUAUAUACGAACAUCAUAUUUACCAUUGAAGUGGUUUGCAUUAAUUAAAAUACUAGUCUAUUUUAGAAGACGUGUAUUGACCUCUUUUGUUCCUAAUACCAGAUUUGAAUUGACGCAACUUAACAAUUGGUGACCACCGACUGUGAUCUGGUAGAAGGGACUUCGCUGGGUAUUGUCCGGGCCAUUGGACAUCUCUGUCAUUGAACGGUGUGUUUCACAAAGAGUCCGGACUACUAAAAACAGGUAAGCAGACACCUAUUGUUAUAUAACUAAAGUUCUGCACAUUGGCUUUAUCCAAAUUAAUUUUGUGAAACACCUGUUUGAUGUAAGUGAACUAAAUUAUGAAUUAUUAUGAGUAAAUAAGAAAUAUUGUCGCUAUUGUGAUAUGCAAAUGUAUGGUAAAUGUGAGUGUUAAAACCAUGGUAUUAUAGAGUAUUGUUCACCGGCACGUACCAGAGGGCUAGGAUCGGGAAUGAUACUGAAAUCCCCAGGCUAGGACCACCAGGGGUGGGAACUGGGGGUACAGGGAAUUAUUGGCUUAAAAGUGUUGCACUAUUGACACGUAUCAGAAGGCUAGAUACGGCUAGGAUCAUAAGGGGCACUUACAUUUUAGUCGACUCCAGGCUAGGAUCACAAGUGGUGAGAACUGGAGGCGUAGGGAAUUAUUGGCUUAAAAGUGUUGCACUAUUGACACGUAUCAGAAGGCUAGAUACGGCUAGGAUCAUAAGGGGCACUUAAAUUUUAGUCGACUCCAGGCUAGGAUCACAAGUGGUGAGAACUGGAGGCGUAGGGAAUUAUUGGCUUAAAAGUGUUGCACUAUUGACACGUAUCAGAAGGCUAGAUACGGCUAGGAUCAUAAGGGGCACUUACAUUUUAGUCGACUCCAGGCUAGGAUCACAAGUGGUGAGAACUGGAGGCGUAGGGAAUUAUUGGCUUAAAAGUGUUGCACUAUUGACACAUAUCAGAAGGCUAGAUACGGCUAGGAUCAUAAGAGGCACUUAAAUUUUAGUCGACUCCAGGCUAGGAUCACAAGUGGUGAGAACUGGAGGUGUAGGGAAUUAUUGGUUAAAAGUGUUGCGCUAUUGACACGUAUCAGAAGGCUAGAUACGGCUAAGUCAUAAGGGGCACUUAAAUUUUAGAUAGUGUUGCACUACUGACACGUAUCAGAGGGCUAGAUACGGCUAGGAUCAGAGGGGCACUUUAAAGUAUAGGGUGUCGUAUGAAUGAGGGUGCGAAUGAUCCCAGACGAAAUAAAAUAGUGAAUACAGGUUAUUAAAAUUAAUAAACCUGUAUACCUUGAUAGAAAACUAAUUAGGAAUUAAAGACGUCUGUGGCUGUCCAAACUGUAUAAUUUGUGAAUAACUGUUGGGUUUGUGGUUGCUUAAACCGUAUAACCCGUUAAUAACAAUUGGGAACAUAAAGGUAAAAUAAUGAAUAACUAGUAUGACUAAACUGAAACGUUUGAACUGAUAUAAUUGAACUGUAACGGUUGAUGUUUGACCCUGCAAAAUACUGGUUAAAUAAUUAGACUGAAAUAAUUAGGUUUAUCGUUGAAAUAUAAAUAUGCACCGACUUUAACUAAUUAGGUGGGAAUAAUUUGAUUUAAAUAAAUAGACUAACGUACUUUAAAUAACGGCAGAAUAUUGGAAACGCUAAAACGAAAAGCAGACAAAGCCUGUUCCGACUGGACACAGGAGGGGAGGGGCUGGAGACAGCGAGAGUGUGGCUGUUGGAGUCAGGAAAGACUGGGAGUUGGCUGGGAACACCACGGGGCGAUUGUUUGAGAGGUGCCUGUGGGUUUCUGACGAUAUAUACGUAUGAACUUGCUCACCCGAACGUAGACGUACAUCAUGGGUGAGAAAGUAGAGAAUAUUCACAUUUGCAUUUUUGGUAAUUUGGCAGACGCUCUGGUCCAGAGCGACUUAUGGGAGCGAUUGGGGUUGAGUGCCUUGCUCGAGGGCACAUCGGCAGAUUUUUCGCCUGGUCGGCUCGGGGAUUGGAACCGGCGACCUCUCGGUUGUUGGCGCGGCGCUAUUGGUCACUAAGCUGCCUGCCGCCCCAUAUGAGUUUAAGGUUGUGCCGUUGUUUGAUCAUGUGAUAAGGUUUAAUGGGUAAUCGGACCAUAACUAAUGUGGGUAUGGAAGUAAUGUAUGAACAGUGGAGAGCCAAUAGGGGGCUCCAUUGAACUAUUAUGUUUGGUGGCAUGAGGUGAAGUCUGUGUGUAUGAGUGAAUUCGGCGGCUGGUGUGGGUGGUGACCGGAUGCUACUAAGUAUUUGGUUUGGUGAUGUUGAAUGGACAACUUGUAGCGUGUUUUGGGGUUAAAUAGAAAGACUCACUUAUUCAAUAGAGAAUGGGUGAAGGGAGAGAUAGCAUUACUUUGUGUUGCUGAAUGAGGUGAAAGCUAGUGCAGUUUUCAUUUGGUGACGUCACUUGCUCUAUGAACUGGAAGUAUUUACUUUGAAAGCAUCGCGGAAUGUGUGAAGUGACUGGCGAUGUAUGUAGAGGGUCCCUGGUUCGAAAACAGGUAGGGACAGUGGGUAAAGCUUUCGCAUUGGGGCUAUAGACCUAGAUUACUAUGUGGAUUGGGAAAGGUGAAAGGUUGAAUUAGAUAGCUUAAGUAGAAGUAUUCUAGAAAGGUCUUUGAAAAUAUGUUACAAGGUCCCCGCGCCUUCCCCGUAGUUCAAAUGUUAGGAAUAUCAUUAAAUGUAUGCUUAUCAACGAUAACAAGUAUUUGUUUUAUUAAUUAGGGCCUAAUCAGAGAGAACAGUUAAAGAAAUUGAAUAGCGAACUGAAAUGGCGAUAGAGCUGUGAAAGUUGAGGACAAAGGAGAGUAAUUUAUGGCUCUGGUUAGCGGGAGAAAAAAUUAAAUAGAGACAGUCAAGCGAGUUAGAUUGAACUGUGGGAUUUCAAGUAGAGGUCUAGAUACUUGACUGGAAGGCAGUGCUUUGAUAAAUUCUAAUUGUUAUUACUUUAUUCGAUGGGUUGCUUGACGCCAGUGGUGUAUACAAAUAGUUGGUAAAUUUUAGAACGAUAAUUUAUUUUUGUUACGGGGAACAGGGGAUGCAAGUGGCUUUGGCUGUUGUGCUGGGGGAAUAGCGCAAGCCUGUGGUGGGUUCUGGAUUUGUUAAAUAAACAAACUUAUAUUUUAAACUAAAGUGAUGGAAUAGGCUACAAUUAUAACAUUAUCAGAAAAAGGGCACAAUAUAAUGUGUAAUAGUUAUUACAAUUAUUAUUGAUAGUUAUUACAGUUAUUAUCAUUGAUCCAGUAAUGAUAGAAGGAUAGUAGAGGAAAGGCAAGGGAUUAAAUCUCAUUUAGGGAAAGAAGAAGAGUAUGAAGAUAUAUUAGGGAGAAAAUACCAUUAACUGAGGGAUAUAAAAUGUUUAGCUGAAAAACACAACAGGAAUAAUUUACCUUACACCCUAAUAUAGAUAUUGCAUUACUUUUGAUGUAACCGUGAUUGUAUUGGCUAAAAAAUGAAAAAUGACAUUUACAGGGGGGACAGGAACAAUAGAAGAGGAGACAGAUUUUCCUAGGGGGUUGAUCAAAUAAUUGAUAAUGGAUCAUUUGAGAUGAGAUCACAUGUAGCAGAGUUAGGGUAAUCAAUUAAAUAAUAAUUGUAUACUCGAGGAAUUUUGAGUGGUUUUAUGGAUUAGUUAUGAGGAAUUUGAUUGAUACAAACAAUUAUUGAUGGGUUAGGACUGGGGAUAUCUGUAUCAUGUUUUGUGUGUACUACCAUCUUUAGAUUAUAACCAGGAGAAAGAGAUUAGCUCAUCUCAUUGGAAUGUUGCCCAGGGCUAGGGGGAGCAGUAGUGAAGUUAGGCAGUAUUUAGGUCAUAAAAGUGAGAUGCAAAUUAAGUGAGGCCUGGCUAUUUGUGGUUGUUGUUUUUCAAAUUUGGUUUUUCAAACAAAAAACAACACACCUAGUAUGAUGUUUAUAAAGCCUUGUUGUUUCAAUUUUGGGGGGUUUUCAGCAGGUCAAGGGUGAUAGGUCUUGGAGGAGCACGCACAGUGAAUUUUGUGGAGUUUUUCGGUUUUGGCUGAGUUUGGGGUAUAUAUGAUUUAAUGAGAAUGAAUGUCAUGAGGACUUAAAUGAACACUUGGGAUAAGUAACAUUUACGAAAUAUUUAGAAUAAUGGUAAUGUUUGGAAUACUAUGGGAUGGAACAGUUCGUUGAAUAAUUUCAAUUGCCUCUGAACUCUGUUUUAACCUUCUGGUGUUAAUUAAUCAUCCACACUAGUAAAUUCUAAAGGCAUGAGAGGAGGACUUUAAGAUAGUUUAUUUUACUAAGUUGAGGGUAAUUUAUAAUACUGUGAAAAGUGUGAAGAAGAUUAUAAUUUAGUAAGAAUAUAUAUGAUUUGAACCAUAAAAUAACAGAAGAGAGAGAGCUUUCCCUGAAUGAGGGAUACCUGUUGCUAGUCAAUUGUACUAAUCUUGGAUUACUUUUACGGGAUAGAAGUAAAUUGAGGUAUUAUCAAAUGUUGUCAUUAAAUUUCAUUAUUAGUAUGCUUUAAUAAACAACAAGUUGGUAUUUGAAACUACAUUUUAAUGCAAUGAGCUGCAGUAAUCAGAGGAAGGCACAAUCUAAUGCGAAACAGCUAUAACCUAGAUCAUUUAUUUAGUAAUGAGAUCAGGAAGGGAGGAGCAAUAAAGAAGCAAGGGACAGUCUAAAAAAAUAAAAUAAAAUAAAAAAUAAGGGAUGGCAAUUGGAUAAUGAAUUACCAAUAUUACCUAAGUGAUUGUUUAGGUAGGUGGUAAUAUUGACACAUGGGCAAAUCAUGUGUCAAAAGGGGGAUGGUAGGAUUAAAUAAUAAAUAUAUACGAAGGAGAGGACAAAAUACUUUAAAAAACAACAACAACAAGAAUAGAAAUUGAGAGCUGAACAUGUAUGUGUGAAGAUAGUUUAUUAACCACACCCGUAUGUCAGAGUUUUUGUGCCCCACAGGUGAACUAAAGGAGAAGGUGACCCACUCUAUCUAACCAGGUGACUGGUGAGCAUCCAGUCCCUAAAGAAGAAAAACUGGAAGCAGGCCUGUUGGGAAGGGCCCUACCAAGUCCUAUUGGUCACUGCCUUUGCCAUUGGAAUAGCUGAGAGAUCCACCUGGGUGCAUGUCACACACUGCAAAAAGGUAAACCCAGCUACACCUGACGAACAAACACAGAGUUAGGAGAAAGAACCGAUCACCACUAGGGCUCGGGGGUUGGCUCCUUAACGAAGAUUCCCUUACCCUGUCUGAUCAUCCCUGUGUGAGUUCGAUAGAAGGUAAAGCAAUGGGUUGGCCUCUGGCGUCUGACAUGUUCUCAGGGCGAGGGUGGGGAUUCACAGGUCUCCUGACGGUAGGUAGCUGUCUGAUUGUGGGGGCCAUAAUCCUAACACACUCAAACCCUCCUGAUCCGCCAGAAGUAGUAGUUAACCUAACACAAGUUGAUAAAAUAAUACCUGAGCACAGUCUACGAAGGCAUAGGAGACAGCUAGACGUAGGGAAAGGGGAAGUACUAGGGACUGUAGGGAAGGACAUCACCUUUUGAGGUCUUUGCGGACCAGUUGGGGACUACUGGCUGGUAGUAUCGUAAAGGAUGGGAGAUAUAUAUGUAUGUCACCAUGUACAUCCUGGGACCAUGUAGUUGCUCAUACCGAGUGAGGGGGAUAUGUCAAUCUCCAUACACAGUUUAAGGACAGGUGUAGUAUUGUGAAAGUAGGGAAUUACCAGAAAUGGCAGUGCGACCCAUAUAAGGGUAGGUACUGUCUGAAAGUCUGAAUUACGCUAAAACAGGUUACAGACCUGACAAGUAAGAUAUCCUCUUCAACUGGGGCACCCUAUAGAGUAAACCUCUCUGAGGGAGGUAGUGAGACCGGGGCUGUGGUGAAGAUAGUGCAAACUAUAGACCUGAAGGAAGUAGUACAGGUGGAGACGGGGUAUAGAGAUCCUAACCUGUGGUUGGAAUGGAUUCAGUAUACGGCAAGAACUAUGUCUAAAGAGGACUGUUAUGCCUGUGGGACAGCCAAACCAAGGUUAACAACUACUCCGUUCCCCUUGACAGGCUUUAACUCUCCGUCAGGUUUAUCCUCCAUGAUUAAAUUGUUCAAGCCACCUGGGAAUGUGGUGAAGGAGUCUUGUAGUAACUUGCACUAUCUGUAUCCCCCGAUAACAAAGUCACCCCGACCUAGUCUCAGGGGAUUCUUAUUAUUGUUUUUCUAGGACUAAUAAGAUAGGAUACAGGGUAGGGCAUCUUAGCUCCUGCUCCCACACAGAGAAUGUCACAACUAAAGAGACCAUGACUACUCUCUCCUCUUUGUUGCAGCCAGAGGAUUUUAGGAACCAAAACCAGGCCCGUGCUGACAUCUGAUGGUUGUGUGGUGAUAACAGAUUGUGAACUCACCUACAUACGCAAACAAUCAAACGUGUCAGAGACUGGUGAGUUGUCACGUAGAAAGUGGGACCUCCUCCCGGGAUCCUUUGAUGAAAGGAUAUAUAUUGAUGGGAUAGGAGUACCUCGAGGGGUUCCAGAAGAAUUCAAAGCUAGGAAUCAGAUCGCAGCUGGGUUUGAAUCAAGUCUUUUCUGGUGGUCAACAAUUAAUAAAAACAUAGAUUGGAUAAAUUAUAUUUACUAUAACCAGCAAAGAUUUAUAAACCACACUCGUGAUGCAAUAAAGGGAUUAGCUGAGCUGACAGCGGCAACUAGCUUAAUGGCAUGGCAGAAUAGAAUAGCUUUAGAUAUAUGCUUUUGGCUGAGCGGGGCGGAGUUUGUGUUCUGUUUGGAUCUAUGUGCUGUACUUUCAUCUCCAACAAUACAGCACCGGACGGGUCCGUGACCAAAGCGCUUCAGGGACUCACCACGCUGGCGAACGAACUGGCUGAGAACUCUGGUAUUGAUAGUUCCCUAAACGGUUGGUUUGAUAACAUAUUUGGUAAAUGGAAAACUAUUGUUGUAACUAUUCUGGGUGAAGUUAUAGCUUCUAUGGGUAUACUUGUUCUUUGUGGAUGUUGUCUUAUUCCCUGUGUCUGAGGGUUGGUGAGCAAGGCGAUGGAGUAGGCGGUUUCCCAACAGGUGGUGAGAUACGGCCCAAUCCCGGACUCCGACCUAAGGAAUGACGGAUAUGACCUACCAGGCUUGGUGGAGUGACACCCUAGUGGGUGUCUAAAGGGGGCCAAAAUUUACUUCCCUGUUUGUGUUUUAUGUUUUAAUAAUCUUGUGUUUUGUGUUCUAUUAAUCCAGUGUUUUAUGCUUUAUUAAUCAAGUUAACCAUUGUGAAUGUUUGUCUUUCCUUAUGUGAAGGUUUGAAGUUCCUGGGUGGCUGGUAGCCAACCUAGUACCAGUUGGGUGUAGAUGGAAGGACUGAAGGCAUUUUUAUUAUCAUUAUUGCCUAUUAAUAAAAGUGUGAUUAUUUUUGUUUGUAUUGUAUUUUAAUGAGUGACACCCUAGAGGGUGUCAAUACGGGGAAUCCUAAAUUUCCCUGAAAUUUGUUAUUUUGGGUUUUCUUAUUUUGGGUUCACACCCAGUGGGUGUGAAAAGGGGGAUUGUGGGGAUCUAGAUGUGAUGACUAGCUUAGAAGGAAUACAUUAAUGAUUAAACAUAAUGGGUUUGUACUGUACUGAUAUAAAUUGUUUCACAUAACAAGCUGUGAUUCAUGUGAGGAACGUUAGGGGGUAGGAUGAGAUAAGACUUGUAUUUCUCACAGACACAUACACACUGCCUCUUUGUUAAACCAUCAUACUCAAGGACAUGUGUACUGCAAAAAGGUGCUGACUCUACAGGGUGUGAUGAUAACAACUUAUGCCUGGCAACAGUGUGCAACAGUGGAGCGCCAAGGGGCUGGGACCAGCCUGUGCGCCAACGGAUAGGCUGAGUAAGUCUAAACCACGCUCAGUCUCUACUCUGAUUGGCCAGCAGGGAGCGGGAACUAUCUCUGUCAGAGUAUUUUAAGAAGAACUCAUAACAAUGGCUUAGUUCUCUGAGUGCCCUGUGUGGUAUUUCAGUGGACCCGUAUAUACGAACAUCAUAUUUACCAUUGGUUUGCAUUAAUUAAAAUACUAGUCUAUUUUAGAAGAUGUGUAUUGACCUCUUUUGUUCCUAAUACCAGAUUUGAAUUGACACAACUUAACAAUUGGUGACCACCGACUGUGAUCUGGUAGAAGGGACUUCGCUGGGUAUUGUCCGGCCCAUUGGACAUCUCUAGAUAUACCAGAUUUGAAUUGACGCAACUUAACAGUACCUAGCGUAGUGUGAAGAAAACUGCACUGCGGAUUAGGACGAAGCAGGAUUUGUAAUGCACUACUUGCUAGGUAGCUACAUGUGAGUUGGUCCUUGUAAACCAGCAUUCAAAUUGAUAUAUAUAUUUUUUUAAAAUUGCGAAAUAACAUAAACAUGUCAGUUUGUAGUAGAUUAUUUGGGCCAUUUUAUGAUUUAGCCAACAUUGAUUUAGCAGAUUGCCUGGUACUCACUCCAUGAUGCACACAGCUGCACCAGUGCCACUCACUGACCUAUCAAACUCCCUACACCACCUUUUACACUUAUAAUUGGAACCAGUCUACUUACAUUUACAUUUACGUCAUUUAGCAGACGCUCUUAUCCAGAGCGACUUACAAAUUGGUGCAUUCACCUUAUGAUAGCCAGUGGGACAACUUUACAAUAUAUCAAUUUUUCUAAAAAAAUAAAUGUUUUUAUAUAUAUAUAUAUAUAUUUUAUAUUUUUUGGGGUGGGGGAGGGUAGAAGGAUUACUUUUAUCCUAUCCCAGGUAUUCCUUAAAGAGGUGGGGUUUCAAGUGUUUCCAGAAGGUGGUGAAUGACUCCGCUGUCCUGGCGUCGUGAGGGAGCUUGUUCCACCAUUGGGGUGCCAGAGCAGCGAACAGUUUUGACUGGGCUGAGCGGGAACUGUGCUUCCGCAGAGGUAGGGGGGCCAGCAGGCUAGAGGUGGAUGAACACAAUGCCCUCGUUUGGGUGUAGGGACUGAUCAGAGCCUGAAGGUACGGAGGUGCCGUUCCCCUCACAGCUCCGUAGGCAAGCACCAUGGUCUUGUAGCAGAUGCAGGCUUCUGGAGGAGCGGGGUGACGUGAGAGAACUUAGGAAGGUUGAACACCAGACAGGCUGCAGCGUUCUGGAUGAGUUGUAGGGGUUUAAUGGCACAGGCAGGGAGCCCAGCCAACACCGAGUUGCAGUAAUCCAGAUGGGAGAUGACAAGUGCCUGGAUUAGGACCUGUGCCGCUUCCUGUGUAAGGUAGGGUCGUACUCUGCGAAUGUUGUAGAGCAUGAACCUACAGGAUCGGGUCACCGCUUUGAUGUUAUCGGAGAACGACAGGGUGUUGUCCAGGGUCACGCCAAGGUUCUUUGCACUCUGGGAGGAGGACACAACGGAGUUGUCAACCGUGAUGGCGAGAUCAUGGAGCGGGCAGUCCUUCCCCGGGAGGAAGAGCAGCUCCGUCUUGCCGAGGUUCAGCUUGAGGUGGUGAUCCGUCAUCCACACUGAUAUGUCUGCCAGACAUGCAGAUAUGCGAUUCGCCACCUGGUUAUCAGAAGGGGGAAAGGAGAAGAUUAAUUGUGUGUCGUCUGCGUAGCAAUGAUAGGAGACACCAUGUGAGGAUAUGACAGAGCCAAGUUACUUGGUGUAUAGAGAGAAUAGGAGAGGGCCUAGAACUGAGCCCUGGGGGACACCAGUGGUGAGAGCAUGUGGUGCAGAGACAGAUUCUCGCCACGCCACCUGGUAGGAGCGACCUGUGAGGUAGGACGCAAUCCAAGAGUGAGCCGCGCCGGAGAUGCCCAACUCGGAGAGGGUGGAGAGGAGGAGCUGAUCGUUCACAGUAUCAAAGGCAGCAGAUAGGUCUAGAAGGAUGAGAGCAGAGGAGAGAGAGUGAGCUUUAGCAGUGUGGAGAGCCUCCGUGACACAGAGAAGAGCAGUCUCAGUUGAAUGACCAGUCUUGAAACCUGACUGGUUUGGAUCAAGAAGGUCAUUCUGAGAGAGAUAACAAGAGAGUUGGCUAAAGACGGCACGCUCAAGAGUUUUGGAGAGAAAAGAAAGAAGGGAUACUGGUCUGUAGUUGUUGACAUCGGAGGGAUCGAAUGUAGGUUUUUUGAGAAGGGGUGCAACUCUCGCUCUCUUGAAGACGGAAGGGACAUAGCCAGUGGUCAAGGAUGAGUUGAUGAGCGAGGUGAGGUAAGGGAGAAGGUCUCCGGAAAUGGUCUGGAGAAGAGAGGAGGGGAUAGGGUCAAGCGGGCAGGUUGUUGGGCGGCCGGCCGUCACAAGUCGCAAGAUUUCAUCUGGAGAGAGAGGGGAGAAAGAAGUCAAAGCAUAGGGUAGGGCAGUGUGAGCAGGACCAGCGGUGUCAUUUGACUUAAUAAAUGAGGAUCGGAUGUCGUCAACCUUCUUUUCAAAAUGGUUGACAAAGUCAUCCACAGAGAGGGAGGAGGGAGGGGGAGGAGGAUUCAGCAGGGAGGAGAAGGUGGCAAAGAGCUUCCUAGGGUUAGAGGCAGAGGCUUGAAAUGUAGAGUGGUAGAAAGUGGCUUUAGCAGCAGAAACAGAGGAAGAAAAUGUAGAGAGGAGUGAAAAGAUGACAGGGAGUCUAGUUUUCCUCCAUUUCCGCUCGGCUGCCCUGUUCUGUGAGCUCGCAAUGAGUCGUCAAGCCACGGAGCAGGAAUGGAGGACCGAAAGUAACAUUACUUGCUACUAUAAUGGAAUACAAUUGCUUAUCAUGCAUUUUCCUUAUCAAGGUCUGGUAAUUCCUCAUUAAACCCCUGCAGAAGGGUGCACUGUGCACAGAUGUGUCAAUCGUGAUGCAUGGUGGGGCUUGUAGUUUAGCCAGUGUAUCACUGCUGUUGUCAGCAUGCACAAAGAAGAGUGGUGGUCACGUCUGUUGGAACUUAUACAUUGUAAUGUGUAAUGUUGUCUAUUAGAAUAUACUAUUAGAAUAUACUCGCUCAGCAGGGCCUGGAGCAUGUCUGGAAGCUUCUGGUCAUCUGCCUUCUAUGUCGACUUCUCUGGAUUCUGGGUGAGAUUUCGCAUUCCUUUGCGUGAAAUGUUACUUUCGGAAUUUCACAGAGCUCCUGAUAACGACAGAACAUGAUGAGUCUUAGGAGAGUGAUUUUGAUUAGGACAUUUCUGAGAAAUGAUAUAGAACUGAAGAACUACAUGCAGGUUCUACUACAUGUUCUCAUUCUCUUCUGUGUGUGCUGUUGUUUUUGUUUUGUUCCCCUGGUCAGGCCUCCCCUCAUAUGUGAAACACCUGAACACCGUGGCGGGAGGGUUCUACACCCUGUACCUGUUCUUUGAGCUCCCCAUGGUGUGGGUGGUGCUGCUCAAUCUACUAUGCUACCUCAUCCUCUUCCUCUGCCGGCACUCCAGUAACCGGGCCACCUUCCUCUCCAUCACCAUCCUCAUCUACCUGCUCAUUGGGUAG